UGCCACUCUCGUCUUCUCGCCUCUCUGAGAAAUCUGGCUCCCUUUCUCUCUCGUCACUUGCGCCUCCCUCGUCUUCGUCGUCGCGGAAGUGAGGGGGAGAUCCUUCUUGCGAAUAUCGUGGGCUUUCUCUCUCUCGCUCGCCCUGUUGCACGCUGCCGCUCUCGUAUCUGAUUUUGCCGUUCAUGAGGUCGAUCGAUAUCGUAGGCCGACUUUUUUGAUGCUUAGAUCUGAAGGCCAACAUUAUGUUGCACAAGCUGCGGCAUCUUUUUAAUAAUGAAAGAGCAAAAUAUUUUCAGAUUAUCAAAUAUUAUGAUGGUAAAAGCUACUCUUCUGAGGCCUUUUGUUGAUUCCAUUAUGAACUUUGAGAUGCUGCUCAUGGGAUGACUGGUGGAGCGAGAUGUUCAUAUACAUUUUGUCCACAAGGAGAUGGAGGAAACAACAGGAGAUCCUGGGCCAUCUGAAUCUGAGACUUCUAGUGCCAGCUGGUGGUCUUCAGGUUUCACAGAAAGGUUGCAAUCUGUUUCUUUGGCUUCUCCUGAGGAAAACCUGAGUACAAGAGAUUCUGCUUGCAGUCGUGAACAAGAUCAAUUAUCACCUCUAGCAGCAUCACAGAUACUAUGGGAAACAGGAGCUUUUAGUGGAGUAAUUCCUGAUGGAUUUUAUUCUGUACUUCCAGAAACAAAACUCAAGCAGCUUUUUCACAAUAUUCCUCCCAUCGAUGAGCUUUACUCUAUGGGUCUUGAGGGUCUCAAAGCUGAUGUCAUCCUUGUUGACUCAGAGAAAGACAAAAAGCUGUCGAAGCUAAAGAAUUUCAUUGUGGCAUUAGUGAAAGGAUUGCACUCAAAUCCAACAUCGAUGGUUAAAAAAAUUGCAGGGGUGGUAUGCAAUUUCUAUAAGCGUCCAGCCUCUGAACUAAGUCCUGCAAAAUCUCCUGUGGAGGAUCUUUCUCUUGUAUCGGAGAAUCAUGUUGUUCAGUUGUUAGGGCAAAUAAAAAAUGGAUUGUGCAGGCCUCGAGCAAUUUUAUUUAAAGUUCUUGCAGAUGCUGUGGGCUUUGAGUGUAAGCUUAUGGUGGGUCUUCCAAAUGAUAGCGUCGGGUGUUUUGACCAGUAUAAGCAUAUGUCAGUUAUAGUUGAACUGAACUCAGUUGAACUGUUGGUUGACCUUAUGAAGCUCCCUGGUCAGCUGGUACCUUUCUCAAAUAAGACACUCAUGAUGUACCAUAUAUCUGCAACUGGUGAAAGUGACUCUGCUGAGAAUGAUUCAUGUGAUUCACCACUUGAACCAAAUAGUCCUUUAUAUGGGCUUUGUGAGAAAAUUGAUAGUGAAGGAGGAGAUCAUGAUGAUAACAGUCCUCAUGGUUUCAGUCAUAGAAGGAAUGAAGGCAUUCCAAGUGCAUCUGGUACUCAACUGCGAAGUAUACUACUGCGUCCAUUGGGUGCGACUGAUAGUAAAUUGAGUGUGUCACAUAGUGAACCAAACAUUGCAAAUGCGUUUUGGCGACGCAGCCGCAGGAAAGUCAUUGCUGAACAACGCACAGCUAGUUCCAGUGCUCUUGACAACGUUUGCAGUCCAGAGCAUCCUUUAUUUCGGGCCCGUGGUCGGUCUAUGCUUGGUGCAAAUAGGCAAACAUUUGCAGAGGAUGACAGCGUAACUGCAUCAAGAUCAGAUGGUGCAGCAACAUCAGAGCCUCGUAGAAUAAGAAGAAGAAGCAUCAGUAUUACACCAGAGAUCAGUGAUGACAUUGUUAGGGCGGUAAGGGCAAUGAAUGAGACACUCAAGCAGAAUCGCCUUUUGAAGGAAAGUGCAGAUGAUGAAUCAGUUGGGCACCUUGUAGACAGAAAGAAUGGUUCUUCAAGUCGAUCAAGAAGUGUUGCAAGCUUCCAUCAAGAUGUCCAUGAAGCAGUGACUGUUGAAAGUGGUGCUUUCUCUAGGAAUCAAGCCAAUCUUGCACAGAAAGCGAUCUCAUUACCUUCAUCUCCUAGUAGAGGUCAAGCUUCAGAGAGAGGAGUACCUGCAGAAUUUGAUAUGCUGUCCACUUGGAACAAAGUAUUAGAAUCUUCAUCAUUUGUGAAUAAGCCCUUGUUGCCUUUCCAAGAUUGGAACAUUGAUUUCUCAGAACUGACAAUUGGUACACGUGUUGGAAUUGGGUUCUUUGGAGAAGUUUUCCGUGGUAUUUGGAAUGGAACAGAUGUUGCAAUAAAGAUUUUUCUGGAACAAGAUUUGACUGCAGAGAACAUGGAAGAUUUUUGCAAUGAAAUAUCACUGCUAAGCCGUCUGCGUCAUCCAAAUGUCAUACUAUUUCUUGGUGCAUGCACAAAACCUCCCCAUUUGUCCAUGGUCACAGAGUAUAUGGAAAUGGGUUCGUUGUACUACUUAAUUCAUAUGAGUGGUCAGAAAAAGAAGCUUAGCUGGCGCAGGCGAUUAAAAAUGCUUCGUGAUAUAUGCAGAGGGUUGAUGUACAUACAUCGGAUGAAAAUAGUGCAUCGUGAUCUGAAGAGUGCAAAUUGCCUUGUGAAUAAGCACUGGACUGUUAAAAUUUGUGACCUUGGGCUUUCACGGAUGAUGGUUGAUGCACCUAUGAGGGAUUCCUCUUCCGCAGGAACUCCUGAAUGGAUGGCCCCUGAGCUCAUACGCAAUGAACCCUUCACCGAGAAAUGUGAUAUUUUCAGCUUUGGCGUGAUUAUGUGGGAACUUUGCACCUUAAAGAGGCCAUGGGAAGGCAUACCGGCAAUGCAAGUGAUAUAUACUGUAGCGCAAGAGGGUGUGCGGCUUGAAAUUCCUGAAGGUCCUCUUGGCAAGCUAAUUUCAGAUUGUUGGGCUGAAGCUGAUCAGAGGCCUGGCUGCGAGGAGAUACUUUCUCGUUUGGUUGAGUGUGAGUACACUUUGCUGGUACCAUUGUGUACAUAGAGUAUGUGAGUUGCUCUCUGCUACAAGAGGGGAGGGAGGCCAUGCCUAGCAUUGAUUCCGCAGUCUCCAUCAUUGUAUCUGUUUGUUUGAGUACAGAAAGCAAUGUCGCUGUUGAGGAUUUGUAAACAAACUUCGAGAUCACAUUGAGAGCUGAAAAUAAAUAGCAAAAGGCAAAAAUUUUCUCUGUUUUGCAAUCCACUUGUAAGCAAUUGCUUUGGCCUAAUCAAGCUGAAAGGAAUCAAUUGAUUACAUCUGAACUUUA